GAAAGGUAAAAGAGACGACUUGGAAAAGUUGCAAGAACCCAAGUCUUUUAAGUUUUGAAUAUAUCAGCUAUACUUACCAAAAAAAUUAAAAUAAAAAUUCGAGCAGCCAAGAAAUGUGCAAAAACCACAUUUUUAAUCCUUGGAUAAGUAAUAAUCGUAAAAGCAUUGCACAUUAUUGCGUAUUUUGUACUAUGUAAUACUACUGUCAUAUCAAUUUUAUGCAAUACAAACAUAAAACAGUGAUGAUAUCCCUGUUGUUACUGCUUCUGAAGCUGCAAUCAUUACUGCAGCUAACUGUAUCGUCUUCCUCCUUUCAGGGAGCUCCGCCUAUUGCAAAGCCUGAUUGCCAAGAUCAGUGUGGUGAGGUCAGGAUUCCAUAUCCUUUUGGAAUUGGUGCCAGUUGUUGCCAUAAUGAAUCCUAUGAGGUCAUUUGCAAUGCUUCUUUUCAUCCCCCAAAAUUAUUCUUGCAUCGUUUCAAUCUUGAGGUUAUGGACAUUAAUUGGAGUGGAAGGUACGGAGGAUACUACACGGACAAGGAGACAACUGAGCAAAUACUAGUAGUGGGGAACAUCCAUCAUAAUAUCUGCAACAGUCGUAAGGGUGAUGUUGCUAAGACUCCAUUUAAUCGGAACAUUGACCUCCGAGGUAGUCCAUAUCGAUUUUCAGGAUGGUACAAUGUUUUUGUAGUGGAGGGCUGUGGCGCCAACGUUGUGUUGAAGAAUGGCUACGGAGAUAUUAUUACUGGAUGUACUUCAAUAUGUACCAAUGAUACUUCUAAGAAGAACAUGACCAAUUGUAAUGGGGUUGGAUGCUGCCAAGCUACCCUCUUGUCAUCUCCAACAGACGGCUAUAUAGAAAAAAGUACAACAGCUGGCCUUGAUUACUACAAGAUAGAUUCUUAUUACGAAUCACUAUCCAAUACCCCAAUUUGCAAUGUGACUGCAGGCUUGCUUGACAUACGCUCCUUGACCAAGUUCUCUGGAAAAUUGUCAAGUUUGGAAACAUUCCCAACGGUACUUGAAUGGGGUAUUGCAAGCCCAAAAUCUUCUCACAACAUCGUCUGUGACGGCGGUUACAGCAGUUGUCAGUGUAACUUCCCUUACGAAGGAAACCCCUAUAUUCCCAAUGGAUGCCGAUUGAUCAGAGAAUGUCAGAAGUGCAAUCACGAUUGUGCUUCCAAUCAAACACAUGGCAAUGUGAAACAUUAUUAUUGUGAGAAGCAUCACCAUCAGAUGUUUAACCUGGGUUCCAUUCUUGGAUUCAGCAUAAGCACAGGAUCAGUGAUACUACUCCUAGUUUGCUAUUGGCUUUAUAGAAUGAUAAAGAGGAUAAAGGAGGUUAAGCAGAAAGCUGAAUUCUUUAGGAGAAAUGGUGGUUUACUGUUGCAGCAGCAAAUUUCUUCUAGAGAGGGAAUUGUCGGUAAGGGUAGAAUUUUCGGUUUUUGUGAGUUAGAGAAAGCCACAAACAAUUUUAGCAAAGACAGGAUACUUGGCCAAGGAGGACAAGGUACAGUUUUUAAAGGGAUGUUAGUGGAUGGAAGGAUUGUAGCCAUUAAGAUAUCUAAGAAGGUAGACAAGAUCCAGUUGGAGCAAUUUAUAAAUGAAAUGGUUAUUCUUUCUGUAGUCGAUCACCGGAAUGUUGUCAAAUUACUGGGCUGUUGUUUAGAGACAGAAGUCCCGUACCUUGUCUAUGAGUUCAUUCCAAAUGGAACACUCCAACAGCUUAUUCAUGACCCAAGUGAAGAUUUUCAUGUUACUUGGAUAAUGCGGUUACAAAUUGCUUCAGAAUCAGCAUGUGCUGUGGCAUACCUACAUUCAUCCUGUUCUGCUCCAAUAUAUCAUAGAGACAUCAAGACAUCCAAUAUACUUUUGGAUGACAAAUACAGGGCAAAGGUUUCUGACUUUGGAACCUCAAGGGCCAUUACCAUAGAGCAGACUCACGUGACUACUUGUGUUCAAGGCACAUAUGGUUAUUUGGACCCUGAGUACUUCCAAUCAAACCAAUUCUCUGAGAAAAGUGAUGUUUAUAGCUUUGGAGUAGUCCUUGCUGAACUCAUAACAGGCAAGAAAGCAAUUUUCCCCAACAAAUAUGGUGGCUGGACAAGCUUGGCUGCUGAGUUCCUCUUUCACAUGGAAAAUUCCCGUCUGUCUGAUAUUUUGGACACUCACAUUUAUGAAGAAGCCAAGGAAGAGGAGUUUAUUGCUGUGGCUAACCUAGCUAGGCAAUGCUUGAAUUUGAACGGGAAACAACGUCCUCCAAUGAAAGAAGUUGCAGUGGUGCUUGAGCAAAUCAGGUCACCCUAUGCGUCCAAGCCAAGACAAGCAGAAUGUCUGGAGAGUGAGUGUGUUGUCAUGGAGUAUGACUGUCCUUUCAGUACAGACUCAUCCUUGCUGGAAAAUAGUUCUAAUACUUCCUUUUACACUGAAGCCCUACCACUUCUGGCCAGUAGCUGACAUGACAGUUUAAGGUGUUCCAGGUGUGGAAUAGUGGAGUAUGUAAGAUCAUCCAGUUAGACCGCAAAGAGGAGCAUGUAACCCUAGGACUCUAGGAGGUUGUUCGGGGGAAGUCUGUUUUCGUAUCAGUUGUAUGUUGCUUAGAGAUAAAUUACUUGUAUUAUAGAGAUAGAGUAAACGUACCAAGUUGUGUGGAAGGGAAUUGUAAUACUUCCUCCGCCUUUUUAUUUGAUACGAAUUCUUUUUGAAGAUUUUUUUUAUUUGAAUCGUUUUUCUUUUUGGAAUGUCUUAUAAGAUGCAAUUUAAUUUUACCCUUA